GUCUGGCGAGCACCGACUCCCUCAUUUUCUUCUCCCACUACCGGUACAGCCAUCGUCCAUAAGAACCUGAAUGGGGAGAGCAUUCAGAUACCAGUCUGUUCUUUCGUUCAUUGGUCUCGAAUCUCGGAGUGUUGAACGCACUCUGCGCUCGCUGUAAUACGACCGGCAUAGUCGGCAAUUGACCAGCACCAUGUCAGAAGGCACCCUCAACAAUCGUUUGCGCCUCGCAUCAUUCCGUACACAGCUGCAUACGUCGAAUACCCAUGAUACGCCUGGUGUUGCAAUCGACGACGCGGUCGCAGACCAUCCGGACGACGGGCUGUUGAUGGCGGUGACAGACCCGGAGGCAACACGUGUAUAUGGGGAAGUUGAAGGUGAUUCAGAAGGAGAGGGUGAUAUGGGAGAGGAUAUGGAGGUUGAGGAGGGGGAAGAAUGGAGCGACGCGGUGGACGCGCCGGUCAGAGGUGUCCAUCCACAAGACGAAGAGGACGACGUGUUCAGUACCCCUAUGCCAUCGCAUGCAUCAUUCGAGGGAGACCACUUGCCACCAUUACCUCAGGACAUUGGGGCUGGACCUAGUCGCCCCACCUCCGGUCGAUCCUCCGAUUCUCCUCAUCCUAUACCUACAUCUACACUUCCCCGAAUGUCCACAGUAUCGGAACCCGUGAUGCGAAGAACAUCUUUAGACGGAUUGUUUCCGCCACCAAGAUUAUCUGCAGAUGCCAUUGUAGAGAGACGGGAGGAUGCUCCUCAUGCUUCGCCCACCAGUAGAUCUGAGAGACAAGCGCGACGGCGGUCAUUUGAUCCUCGAACUGCCUUGGGCAAAUUGAACUUCAUACGAACUACCCGCUCUACCGAAAUAUUGGACACACCUCCCGUGCCGCCUAUUCCCCCGCCCGCCCCGCUUGCACCUUCUCAGACCCCGCCAAGUAGCCGCCGAAGAGUUGAUGGACGUUCUCGCUCACCUGCUCAUAGUGGAAUCGACCCAACACCAACUUCACCACCACCACCAUUACCGGCGCCAUCACUGACAGAGCUUGGCCUUCAGCUCAAACCAGUAACCCCUCUUCUUGCAGCAGCACAUUUGGGAGGCGUCCCAACAAGCGGAUGCCUUCUGAGUCCAGGUUACUUGCUACUCUGUCAUAAUGAUGGUCUGGAUGUUGUUCCCCUCUACGCCCCACCAGCAGCACGGGCAUAUGCACUGAUUCGCGGGGUGCCGUUCAAGAGCGUUCUCGUCAUGGAUAUGCUAGGAUUUCUUGUUGCAAUCGCUGGACGUCGCGAAGGAGUACGGGUGUAUGCUCUCUCUGACAUCAAACGCGCCAUAGAGCUUCGAAUGGAUGCCGAGCGUCAAAAAGAAAGUGCGAAGCGGAAGACCAUUCUCAUGGAGCCUUUGUCGAACAAGAUGAAAAAGGUCCCUUCAAGGCCAGAAAGCGCGACUUCACCCAUUCGGUCUCCGUCAGCAAUGGGACCUGUCGGAAAACUGCCGCCCGUUCCUCCAACAUCAUCUUCCCAGCGUGUUCAGCCUCGCCUUAGACUGCAGACGCAACGGAGUAACGUAUCUGGGCGUGCGGACUCCCCUGUCCACUCCCUUGCGCACCAACCCUCUGUGAGCAGCAUUCGAAUGAGUACAGGGCGCACUUCCCGCCUCUCUGCCACGGGAAAGGACAAAGAAAAGACCGAAUGGGUAGAGAAUGAGACGCUUGAAGUGCGUGCAGACAGCGAAAGCGAGGACGAAGGCUAUGUCUCUGUUCCGGGGCCAUCUGGUGAACGAACUGAAACACCAUCUCCGAUUCCGCCAAUCAGCACUAGCAAUAGUUUCAGUGGUCGUCGUAGACGACCUGCUGAUCUACAACUCGACACUCUCAGCCCACACAAUGGGAUGGUCCUCAUUUCGGACCCUCUGCCGUCUCCUGCCCCUAGCAUGGUCAGCAUGCGGGAGGCGCUUGCUGCUGGACCCACGCCUGCCCGCUCCACUAAUCCAAGUACCUCUGGUCGCGAAGUUGUCGGCCUUGCCGACCUCUUGCGAGACAGUCGCAUUCCCGAUCUACCACCUGCUGGGACCAGGCUACCGCAGAACACUACAUUCACGCGCGAUAGAACAACUGGCGCGACGACCCUUGUGACCACCGGCCGUACGGCAACACCGACCAGCUUGUCUCCAGACACAAUUUCACCUGCUACCGCCCCUAUGCGUUGGGGUGCAAAUGCCGAAGCCAGCCUUAGUGCUGUCCACCUUGCGCCACCUAUAAGUGCUACAACGCCUAGGAGUGCCAGACAAAGGUGGUCUCUCCUGGGAGGGAACGGAUUGCUCACCAGCUCGCCCCCCACAUCACCCAUGGUGCCCCCUGAAAGUGCUCUCUCUGAGUUUAACCCGUCACUUCCACCCAGCCGACCACCGUCUGUACCCCCGCGCCCUCCUUCUACGACCCCCCUUGCCACCCCUCGUCACUCGAGGGGAUUAUUCCCUCGGCUAUUCACGAAUGGUUUCAAGCCAAAGGGCUCAUCUGAACCGAAUCCGAAAAGAAAUGGAGCGACGACCCCUCAAGGACAAGGUUAUAUCCAGGCGAACGGGAAGUUGGAGCACAUUAAAUUAGAAGGAACGAGAGGCGCUUACCUGAUCAAGUCGGUGCAAACGAACCGAAAGAGCUUCCUUGCCAUCCUGUGUGGUGAAGAUGGGAAGAAGGUUGAGCUCUUCACGGGGUCGUCCAAAUCUGCCUCAUUGUCUCUGGCUCGAACAUUCAUCCUUCCCGAUUCUCCUCUCUCAUUGGAGUUGCAAGUCCAGGGCGAAGAUCUGGCCGAGCUCUUCUUAAUAUUCUCAGAUAGUGUUUUUGCUUUGGAGCCUGCCAGCGUGCGCGUGCGUCAAGUCAACAUUGCCCGGGCCGAACGACGGGCCGCACGGAGACGCAGAGAACGAGAAAGGGCUGGGAGCGAUGCUGCAGAGCUGAACAACGUACAACAGACCCCUGUUGCUAAUUCUUUCCCUCUCCCCGAUCCCACACCGAACAGAAUGCAGUCUCUCCUGCCACCGCCACCUCCCUAUUCCACACAGGCCCCCGUUUUGACUACGAAAGUGACAUCCACUGUCACCGCUGGCCCGGCCUUGGAUCGAGAGGGUGCCCGACGGAGGAGACGCAGGCGGAGCACUGGAUUUGAAGGAACCACGAACGGAACUGAAUUGCGCGGACCGAAUCAGAAGUCGAGCCCCAGUGCUCCCUCCUACACGACGUUUCAGCAAUUAUUCUUCUCUCCCACUUUCCCUCUGGGAACCUUGGCAGAAGAUUGGAUCAUUCCCCCUUCGUAUCCGUCAUUUGUCAAACACAAAGAAUGGCUGCAAAAUAAUCUGGAGAAAGAUGACAGUGAUCAAGAUAGGGACGUUACGCAGCCGCCAGCUGAGUAUAUGUACAAUCUCUGGCAUGGCAUUAUGAACUCGUGGCCUCGACGUGGCAGCCUUAGGGAGGGACUAUUACAGACACUUCCGGAGUCCAGCACCGUUACCUUGGAGGACUAUUUUUUACCCCCUGUCUCUCUCCUUGCCCAGCCGUCACACUAUGGACCACCUUCGCUUUUUUUCUGCUCUCGUGGUGGAUUGAGCACAGCCAUCGUGGACCACAAAGGGAAAUCCGUUCUUCUAGACAAGUUCCAUUGGUCCUCGCCCUCUACAUCUGCUCUGAAGGAUAAAUAUGCUCGACGUCCAGCUGGACUCGGCGACGUUCAGAAGGUUGAAGCAUUUGAUGGCCACAAUAAUGGUGCUGUACUUGUUGCUAUUCGAGACUCAGGACUUGAAGCAGUCGACAUCGCUGAUGCCCUGCUGACCCCUUCUACCACAGCCGGUAUCGCCCCGGCAGCGGCUGGGUCUUAUAGUCGUCGGUUGACAUGGUCGUGGGAUGUUGCAGACCCCUUUCCUUCAAAUGCCGAUUCUGCUGGCCCGAACUCUGCCUCCCCUACGGAUCCUCGAGCCUUGGCCGCAGCGAAGCUGAAUGGUGUAAUCAACUCGCCAAUCCGCUCGGCUACACAACCAGGCCGUGACUAUCACAAUAAUCAAUUUAUCUCCUAUCUGGGGCGUGAGGGGAGUCGCGUUUACAUGUGCACGCGCAGUGCGCACAUGUUCCGCGUCAUUUGCCUACAGCCCUCCGUUGCAUAGACUCCCAUAGGCUUUUAUUUUUCCUUACCCUUACUUAUUCGUCUUGUGUCUCUUCCAGUGGUUUCGCUUAGUCCACGCAUUGUUCGAUACAUCCAUCACUGCAUGCUUCCUGUCUUCUGCAUUAUCCGGAACGUGUUGGACCUUGUACAGUUGACUAUAUACCUAGAAGUUCCAAGCGUGCCAAUGUA